ACGCUUAGAUUAUCGAUAUUGACGCUGCGCUAGUCUAACUGUCCACCAGGAGUGAGAUAAGUUACGGGAAAUCGGUAUAAAAGGUACGAUCGAUUAGCUGAUUUAGUUUGAUCUGUGUAACGGUCAGGUACAGGGGCGAUGGCCAAGGGAGCGACUCUUAUUUGCGUUUUGCUGGCUGUGCAGCUCUUCGGAGCGUACGCCUCACCUGCCGACAGCUGGAAGCUGGUGCCGGACGAGUCGGGGCGCCUGCGUCUGAUCAACACCAAUCCCUACGCCAUCCCGGAGAACGAUAACGAGGUCGAGCCGCUGUUCAACCCAGAGACGGAUGUGAUUUUCCGACUCUUUACGCGUCGUAAUCCGGCCCACGGUCAGGUGCUUCAGUGGAACAAUCCAGCCUCCGUGCAAAACUCCAACUUUGUCGCCUCGCACCCAACGCGCUUUACCAUCCACGGAUGGAAUGGCGGCGAGACGUCCGGUUUGCAUGCCAACAUCCGUCAGAACUAUCUCGGUGUGGGAGAUUUCAACGUGAUUGCCGUCGAUUGGGGAGCAGGCGCCCAGACGGCUAACUACAUUGCCGCCCGUAACCGUGUUGCUUCCGUUGGUGAUAUCAUCUCGCGCAUGGUGAAUACCCUCGUCUCGGCUACGGGUACGUCGCGCAACAACAUCUACCUGAUCGGACAUAGUUUGGGUGCUCAUGCCGCCGGUAACGCGGGCAAGAUGCAGAAUGGACAGCUGAACACGAUCAUCGGACUGGAUCCGGCCGGUCCGCUGUUCUCGCUAUCGGAUGCGGAUGUUAUGGCACCGCGUGAUGCUCAGUACACGGAGUCGAUCUUCACCAAUGCUGGUCUGCUUGGGUUCGAUCUGCCACUGUCGGAUUCUAACUUCUACCCGAACGGAGGUCGUUCGCAGCCUGGUUGUGGCAUCGAUGUGUCUGGAAACUGUGCCCACUCGAGAGCUCACGAACUGUACGCAGAAUCGGUUUCAACGACCAUCGGCUUCCGUUCGACGCGUUGCGCUAGCCAUGGUGAGAUAGUGGCUGGACAGUGUACUCCGACCGGUAAUGCUAAUAUGGGCGGUGAGCCAUCGAACCAGGGCCGUGGUGUGAACGGUAUGUUUAUCGUGAACACCAAUGGUGCGACUCCAUUCGCUCAGGCUACGCAGCUGCUGCUCGUCGCUGCCCUACCGGUGGACCACUCAAACUGGCAUCUUGUGCCGGACAGUGAUGGCAGACUACAUCUGGUCAACGUCAAUCCUUACGAUCUUCCGGACGAUCCAUCCGCAAUCGUGCCGAGCUUCGUUCCCGAGCAGGAUUUAAUCUUCCGCCUGUUUACCCGUUCGAACCCAACGACCGCACAGGUGCUGGAGUUUGGAAAUCCCGCCUCUAUUGCCGGUUCCAACUUCAACCCGGCACACCCGACACGCUUCACCAUUCACGGUUGGAACAGCAACGGAAACGAUGGCAUGAACACGAACAUCCGCGACCGGUACCUUAGCAUCGGAGAGUAUAACAUGAUCAGCGUUGACUGGAGUGCUGGCGCGGUGAAUCCGAACUAUAUCGCCGCCCGUAAUGCUGUCGGGCCGGCCGGUGCAGCGGUGGCGUCCUUCAUCGAUCAGCUCGUUGCUGCUGGUGCUUCGGUGGACAAUAUGUACGUGAUCGGGUUCAGCCUGGGAGCGCACGUGGCAGGUAAUGCUGGAAAGGGACAGGGUGGGCGCGUGAACACGGUGAUCGCACUCGAUCCGGCAGGACCGCUGUUUUCGCUUGGUCAACCGGAUGCUGUGUCACCGGCCGAUGGACGGUACGUGGAGAUGAUCAUGACCAAUGGUGGUUUGCUCGGUAGCAGCACACCGAUGGGACAGGCUACUUUCACGCCGAACGGUGGCCGCACGCAACCGGGCUGUGGAACCGACAUUGCCGGUGGCUGUGCGCAUGGACGUGCGCCAGCUUUCUACGCUGAGUCGAUCACCAGUUCGGUACCGUUCCGUGCCACACGUUGCGCCGGUAUCCAGGAAGUUGUGGAAGGAAACUGUACGCCAAGCGGAGCGGACGCUAUCAUGGGCGGAGAACCAUCGAACUAUGGACGGGGUGUUAGUGGAGUGUACUUCCUGACUACGAACGAUGCAGCACCGUUUGCUCGAGGCUAGACAGCGACUACGAUACGAUAUGGCUGUAAAUAAAUGUGGGGAUGUUGAUAAACAUGCACAA